AAGUGCUCGUAAUGAAUUAUGAUUGUGGUAUUGUCGAGAAGAUCUUUUUUGUACGUCUAUUUAAUAUUAUUCUCUUGUCUUGUCUGCUACACUUCACAACCCACUGACUCAACUGGGGACGAAGCAUUGUUGCCUUGGGUUGAGGUUAUGACUGAGAAGUUAAGAAAGGUAAAAGUGAGACGAAUCUAUAUCUGCCUAAGUUUACCAAACCAUAUUAAAGGAAAGGCAGUACACCCACGCUGAUCUUCGUUGAAACCAAACCAAACCGGCCGUCGUCAGUCAGAAGCUAUAGUUAUGCGAUCACUCAUGAAUCUUUUCCUUUUUGGUUGACUUGUAAGAUCAGUUUAGUUUAGUUUGGUUUUGAAGGUUUGAGUGAAGUGAAGUAGUUGAGUUCUAAGCGUAGUUCUUUUACCAAGAUUCGUCAUUGUUCCAUUUUCGCAUUAAAAAACUACAGCUGACCAAGUCGCAUCUGUAUUUCUAUGAAAACCUUGUUCGAUUAUUUUCAAUUUUAGCCAUAUAUUUUUAAGUGAAAACAUGCAAAUUCUGUAGUGAAUUACGCCACAGAAGUGGUCUGGGUUGAACCAGUUUGAUUUAUCAGCACUUUGCACAAGAGAUUUACUAAUAUGUCGGGAAGACUGCCGGUUUCGAAUGGGGGAAAUGCCCAGUCUCAGAAUGGAGGUGCGAAAAUAUCCAGAAUGCAGGCUAUGCAGGCACAGUUUCAACAGAAGCAGAUGGCCGAGAAAGAAACCAAACUCUUAGCCAUGCUGGAUAACCAACAACAGAGACUCAUUCAACAUACCAACGGUGUACUCAAUAAAUAUAACAAUAAUCAGCAAAACGUCAACCCACCACCGUUGCCUCCGGGAAAGGUUCGGCAAAUGUUCGAAGAGCGGCGUAAAGGGGGGUUUUCAGCCAGUAGUGUCACAACGCCAAAGGGUAUUGACAAGUCCAAUCCACUCGACCCCAUCGUUGCUCCACCUCCAAAGACCAAGCCAUCCGCAACCCUUAGCAAUAAACCGGCGGCAAUGGCGACUAACCCAAUGAGAAAACUUGCUCCAAGUCCGAUGCCUGUCGUGCUUCCGUCGACCAUCAGUCGACCAUCAAACCUCGGCUCGAGCAAGAAGCCCACGCCACCCCCACCAGCUACCAGUGCCACACAUUCUUCUUCGCCCUCACCCAAGCAACUCACGCCCACGACAAGUCUCCCCCCGAGCAGGGGAAGUGGGGGUUUGUUGCCACUCGGUUCAUCAAGGUCUUCUUCCGGCUCGAGUACGUCGACGACUCGUAGCAGCCCAACUUCGGGGUACCCCCCAGUCUCCAAUACCACCAAAUACUCAGACUAUGCCAGCGAGUUGGAUCGACGAGAGGCUAGCUUGAGUAACAAGUUGAGAGGAAUUGAGAUUUCUGCUGGCGAAAAGAAAGUGACCACGACUAAAAAUACUUCCAACAGUGUGAGGACAACACCCUCUCCAGCGCCGGUUGUUGGUAGACCAUCGCCCAAGCCUAAAAGUUCCCCAGCCCCACGCCCAAAAGGUUCUCCACCCCCAGGAAUGAAUGAGUGCAAAGUCUGCGGAAGAUUUUUUGCUCCAGAUCGAAUUGCAAAACAUGAAUCGAUUUGCAAAAAAGUUACAACAAGAAAGAGAAAAGUUUUUGACCCGACCAAGAUGCGAAUGCAAGGCACUGAAGCUGAACCUUACAUUCGGAUUGUUUCCGCCAAACCGAAAAUUGCUCCAAAAGCGGCUGCGGCGCAGGGUAAGAAGAAGGUUGACUGGAGAAAGAAGCACGAGGACUUUAUUGCCACGAUUCGAGCUGCCAAAGAGUACCAAGCACACGUUUCAAAGGGGGGCAAUCCUAAUGACCUCCCACCACCUCCACCAUCAGACACCUCUGAUUACAUUAAGUGUCCUCACUGUGCCCGCUCCUUUUCUGAGGCUGCUGCUGAACGACACAUUCCCAAAUGCAAGAAUAUCAAGUCCAACAAGCGUUAGAUGGAAACAUUACGUCAUAAAUAUUUAGUAUUUUGUGACCUGAUUUCACACAAUGCCCAAAAUCGACUGACUGCUAAUGAUAACUAAUCAAUAAUUUCGUAACCUUGGCUCAAUUGUGAUGGGUACCGGACGGAAGUGAAGACGGUAAAUCUGGAUAAAAGUUAUCCAGUGUCAUGUUGUAUGUAGUAUACAGUUAAUUCAUUACCCAAUAUCGUAAUAAUGAACGAUCGUGUUGUAGAAUUUUUGUAAUACUAACCAGGGAGACACAAUUCCGAAUGAAAUGGGACAACCUAGAUGAUUAAGUACUAACGGUUUUUUACGAGUAUGUGCAUAAAUAUGUAUGUCGUAACCUUAUGCGACUCAUUUUGACCAUGCUUCUCUGAUGGCCUAUAAGUGUCACUUUCUUUUUAUGGGUAUACAUAUGUGUCUGUGUAGAACUUCAAUUAUGUACAUAAAAAUAUAACAAGGAUACCGAUGACUAACCAAACAACACCUUACCUGAAAUAUGUUAAUUAUAUCAAAAACCUUUCAUAAUACUUUAUAUACCUCUGGAUGACCUUUUUAUCAUGAUGAGAAUUAUUGACUCUAGUAAUUUAUAAAUUUGAAUGGAUACCAUUAAUUUGCAAAGUACAUGCGAUUCCUGCUCCUCAUUUCUCGGUACAAAGAUUUGCAAAUUUCCGUCAAUGAAUUUCUGUUGCCUGUUGAAGGCAUUGCGUCCCGAUAUUCUGAAAACCUUCAUCGCCACAAUUUGUAUUUCUAUCUGUACAAGAGAAAGUUUGUUCGGUCUCGUACAUAUGUACUUUCAGUAAAUAAAUUUCAUACGGAGACAUGAAAAGUCGUCCUGUGAAGUUACAUGUUAUGUACGAUAAGUGGAAAGGAAUCAAGUAAAGCAAUAAUUUCACAAGAA